AUUUUGUUGUAAAAUGUCUCAGAUUGUAAUCGAUGGUGAAGUUAUAACAUGGCCAAGGUGUCUUGUGGAAAACCCUUCACUGUUAAAAGAAGUUUUAACGAUGGAUGUUUGGGAAACAUUGUCGGACGAACAUCGUAAAUGUUUGUCGGAAACUUUGCCAGAGUUUAUGACGGAAGAUGACCGGACGGAAACUGUGAGAUUACUUCUCACGGGAGAGGAUUUAUCUCAAUUUCCUGAAGUAAACACGGGAAGUGGAAACCCACUGUCAAAGUUCGUGGAGAAACUAAACGAUGGAUACUUCACGUCUAACGCAUAUCGAUUAAGAAAAAGUUACAAACAUGCAAUAAAAGCAAAGUCAAUGUUUUCAAAACAUCAAUAUUUCCACCAAUUGUUGAAAGAUAUUGUUGUUUCACGCCAGUGUCAUCUUGCCGUCCAUCAAUCUCCACAUUCCCUUAAACUAUCAAAACUACAUCAACACCAAGAACCCAUUAAGGAUUGGUUGAAACUGGGAAGAGACUCCAAAGAAAUUUACCAAAAAAUUUUAAGAGAAAUUAAAACCAACAUUUUAUCGAAUUCCUCCUUUACUGCCGAGGAUUUAUUGUCGUCGGACAAUGAAGAUGAUGAUGUCAUAGAGGAAUCGAACCGUGACCAAUAUUUCGAAAUGUUGAUUCGUCAUAAAUUACGACGCGCUUCGUUAGAUAUUUGUCCUGACAUGGCAACAAAUGGAAUCAAAUUAUCAGAAGUUUAUUCGCGAACUUUUAAUUCAAAUAAAAAACUUCCAAGAACAGGUUUGCUGGGAAAAAGAAAGAAAUGGGAGAGUGGAUUAAAGUUAGCUACGCAAAAACGAAUAAAAAAAUCGAUUCAAACGAUUUCUGCGAAAAGAAGAAAAACGACGGAAGGAAGAUUUGAAUUGGGUUCGAAACAAGAAGUUGCAAAUAAAAC